AUGACGACCGCCACGGUUGAGAACCAAAUCACGCCCGCAACAGUCGAGAACUCGGUUUCCCCGCCACCUCUGCCUCAGCCGCUGCUUCUUUCGCCCAAGCACACACUCCUCACGCCCCGACUGCUCCUGCGCCCAGCGACCUACACCUGGGCGGACAUCGAGGCCGUCCAUGCGUGCUUAUCCGAUCCGGAAUGUAUGACCUGGUGGUCAACCCCGCCCCAUGAGUCGCUUCAGGUCACCGCCAAAUGGCUAUGGGGCAUGGUACAAGCAUACGGCGAAGCGAAGGAGGAGACGGACAACGGCGCGAACGGCGAGUUACUUGGCGAGCUUGCCACUCCUGAAACCUCGACCUCGACCUCGACCUCACCUACAGGACGAAAGACCUACCUGGUCUACCCUCAACCGGUUCUCGACCUUCUCAUCGUUGAGCGCAGCACCGGCGAAGUCAUCGGCAAAGCUGGCGCCUUCCGUCCGCCAGAAAUAGGGUACAUCCUUCGCCGCUCGGCCUGGGGCAAAGGCUACGCCACCGAGGCUCUCCGCGGUCUCAUCGACGCUAUGUUCUCUGGCGCUUUCGGCGAUAUCCAAUGCGACCACGACGACGGGCUCGGCGUACGUCCGCUCAGUUUCGUAUUUGCCGACGUGGAUCCACGUAACACGGCGUCUUUGCGGGUGUUGGGCAAACUCGGGUUCGAAGAAGUGGGGAGGAGAUUCGCGACGUACGUGACGCACAUUGGGGUUUCCGAUAGCGUCGAUCUGAGAUUGUACCGGCCCGCGGAAGUCAGAGGCGAGAAGGGUGAGCAGACGGGUCAGGAGGGAUCUUGA